AUGAUCAUGACGUUGGUCCACCCUUACAUUGGUAGCUCUGCCGACCUGACCAAGUGGGGGGAGGUCAACCUCGACGCCCUCCAUGUUGCAGCGUCUGAGAAGAUUCGCAAACAUCGCGCUGCAUAUGCCAUGACUACUCCUCCUCGAGCGGCUGCUUGUCUGCGCGGCUUCGCGCUUGGGCUGGCGCUGCCGCGUCUGCUUCUCGCUGUGGACUGUGUGCCUGCCGUAAAUCCAUUACCUCCUCGAGCGUUCAUCCCUCUUGCCAUCUCGACGGACGGUACCCUGCAUCCUGACACCCUCCGCUUCAUCUGGUAUCUGGUGGACAUCAUUGCUCAGCGCUCGAUGCCUCUUGAGGAUGCGGCGUUUGGUCGGCACUUCGUGCCUGAUGAUGGACCUGCUGCUGAGGUCUUGGCUCGCAAGCGCGCCGCCACCUAUCAGCGCCUCACUAUGCAGCUGACGCUGGAGGCGCUCUUGUCUGGUGCGAGGCGCAUGACGCCCUUGCGGGCGCAAGCACUUCUCGAGCCAGAGGACAGCUCCUCCUCGGACUUUGUCGAGUCGCCCGAGGAGGAGUCUUCGAGUCGCCGGAGGUCUCCGACUCCGAUGGGGGAAACACUUCGAGUGGCGCCGACGACCGGCGCGGACUCCGCUAGCGAGGCGUCUCCGUCCCUGUGA